AUGCGUCUCUUAUCGAUUGCGGUGUUGGCAAGUCUGCCAAUUGCCUUCGGCUUGCCGGUUCAGACCGCAGAGAUCACAGAGGUUGCAAACGCCAAGCGUAAUGAAGAGAUUGCAGCCAUUUCAAAAGCUCUGAUUGCUAUUCGAGAUGCGGGGUUGCAAUCCGACGAGAAGGUGAAACGCCAAUUUGGUAACUUACUUGGGGGACUUCUUGGUGGAUUGGGUGGUUUGACUGGAGGUUUGGGUGGCUCGGGGGGUGCUACACAAGCCCCUCCUUCUCAAGGAAGCGGCAAUAGUGCUCCUCCUACUUACGGGGGAGAUUCCCAGGGCGGUGGAUCUUCCGGCGGUUCCUCGGGAGGGUCGGGUGGCAAUUCUGGAGAUGGAGACCCCCAGCCCGACGGAGAUGGCGAUGAGGACGACCAACCUUGGUUCCAAGGAGGUGGUAAUGGAGGCAGCCAAGGAGGCAGUCAAGGAGGAAGUCAAGAAGGCAGUCAAGGAAAUGGCUAUUACGGCGGUGGCCAAAACGGGGGUGGAAAUGGAGGUGGGGACGGAGGGAACGGAGGUGGAAAUGGGGGUGGAAAUGGGGGUGGGAACGGUGGUCCAGGAGGAUACGGGUACGGGGGCAGCAAUAAAGAGUAAUUGCUUCGACGAAGGCGUAAUUGGUGGCCGAGUACAGUAUUGUAGACUUGUUUGAGAGUUGUUCGUUCGUUUUUCAUUUGUGUAAUUGGUAAUCCGGUAAUUAUAAUUCAAGCAAGUGGCUUGGUCCACACUUCGCAG